AUGAAGAGGAGGAAGGAAAAAUUCUUUGCAGCCACGAAUAAAUGUGUGUUCAUGACAGAUCGUGUUAUUUUCCUUGGAUAUGUGGUGUCUAAGGAUGGAAUUUCAGUUGAUGAGUCCAAGGUUGAAGCUAUUUUAAACUGGCCAAUCCCGAGGAAUAUUCAUGAAGUGUGUAGCUUUCCUGGGUUGGUGUCUUUUUAUCGCCUCUUUAUUCCUAGUUUCAGUAUUCUUAUGGCACCGAUAACAGAUAGCAUGAAGGCCGAAAAUUUUCUAUGGACUGAAGUUGCAAUGGAAGCUUUUCAACAAGUCAAGGAGAAAAUAACUUCAGCUCCCAUCCUUAUUCUGCCAGAUUUCACUCAACCAUUUGAGUUACACUGUGAUGCUUCCAAAAUUGGCAUAGGUGCUGUACUUAGCCAAAAAGGGAGGCCUGUUUCAUUUUUUAGUGAAAAUCUGAGAGGUUCUAAGUCAAAUUACUCCACUUAUGACAUUGAGUUUUAUGCUAUAGUUCGAGCACUCAAGCAUUGGAGUUCUUAUCUUGCCUACAAUGAGUUUGUUCUUUAUUUUGACCAUGAUGCUUUGAAAAAUAUUAACAGCCAAGACAAGCUCUCUUCUAAGCAUGCAAAGUGGGCUGCUUUUAUUCAACAAUUUACCUUUGUUAUCAAGCAUAAAUCAUGA